AUGGACUCCGCCCCACCUCAACCAGAUGCUGCUGAUCCAAACACAUCUAACACGCCAGAGUUGCCACCAGAGGCAAUAGCGCUGGCAACACGCUUCUUCAAUGCUGCUCGCAGUGGCCAGAUGGACAUCUUUGAACAGGCUUUGCCGCAUGGCUUACCGUCUAAUAUGACCAACGAUAAAGGGGACAGUCUCCUCAUGCUUGCCGCCUACCACGGCCACGCCCCUCUGGUCAAACUACUCCUGCAGCAUGGUGCAGAUCCGAACCGGCUGAACGAUCGAGGCCAAAGCCCGUUGGCAGGGGUCGUUUUCAAGAACGAGUCUGAAUGCAUCCAGAUAUUGCUCGAUGGUGGUGCUGAUCCAGAGAUCGGGGAGCCGAGCGCCCUGGCUGCUACACAAGUAAGUCUCUGA